AUGACCGAAGAAGUUGAAGAUCAUCAAACGGAAGCGAAUCCGGUUCAAGCGCCGCGGCCGUCUUCCCCGCGGAAGUUUUUUGCUAGAAUAUAUGGGCAUCUUGAAGAGCCUAAAAAUCGUAGUGUGGUUGAGAAUGUGUUUGGAAGCGAGUCUUCUUCUGAUGUGGAGAUCGAGGAGAGUGAGAGCCCUCAGAACGUGCAGCCCAUGGCGCCUCCGAUGUGGCCGUCGCCACCACCGCUGCCGUUAUGUCCAAGACCUAUACUUCUACCUCAUCAGCAGUUAGCGUUUGGAGCUGGACUUGCUGCUUUCUGUAAGUGA